UAAGUUCUCAGUUUCUGCUGCACUCAAUGCACCCCAAAGCCUUAAGAUGGUGAACAUUGGGACACUUGUUCUACUCUUUUCAUUUUUCCUCCUGAGAUGUGGGCAUGCACAAGACACCCUUGUGCCAGCUAUCAUAACAUUUGGUGACUCCGCAGUGGAUGUAGGGAAUAAUGACUAUCUCCCCACCCUUUUCAAGGCUGAUUACCCUCCUUAUGGGAGGGACUUUGUUAACCACCAACCUACUGGGAGGUUUUGCAAUGGCAAAUUAGCUACUGAUAUUACUGCCGACACAUUGGGUUUCAAGACUUAUGCUCCUGCAUAUCUUAGCCCUCAGGCAUCAGGGAAAAACCUCCUUAUUGGAGCAAACUUUGCUUCAGCUGCAUCUGGUUAUGAUCAAAAUGCUGCCGUUUUGAAUCAUGCUAUCCCUUUGUCCCAACAGUUAAGUUAUUUCAAGGAAUACCAAGGCAAACUGGAAAAAGUUGCUGGCAGUAAAAAAGCAGCCUCUAUUAUCAAGGAUGCAUUGUACUUGCUCAGUGCUGGAAGUAGUGACUUUGUGCAAAACUAUUACGUCAAUCCUUGGAUCAACAAAGCCGUCACUCCUGAUCAGUAUGGGUCCUACUUAGUGGGUGAAUUUUCAAGCUUUGUUAAGGACUUGUAUGGAUUGGGAGCAAGGAGAAUUGGAGUGACUUCACUCCCACCAUUGGGUUGCCUACCUGCUGCAAGGACUUUAUUUGGCUUCCAUGAGAAUGGUUGUGUCUCAAGAAUCAACACUGAUGCCCAAGGAUUUAACAAGAAGAUCAACUCAGCUGCAGCAAAUCUUCAAAAGCAACUUCCCGGUCUUAAGAUUGCAGUUUUUGACAUUUACAAGCCUCUCUAUGACCUUGUUCAAUCCCCUUCAAAAUUCGGUUUUUCUGAGGCAAACAGAGGUUGCUGUGGUACCGGGACUGUGGAAACAACAUCCUUGUUGUGUAAUCCAAAGUCACCAGGAACUUGUUCUAAUGCCACGCAAUAUGUGUUUUGGGACAGUGUGCAUCCUUCGGAAGCUGCUAACCAAGUUCUAGCAGAUUCAUUAAUUCUACAAGGCAUAGCUCUUAUCACAUAAAGAAUCGUCAUUAUUCAUGUGUUAGAUAUAAGAUAUUAUUGUGUACAACUACACAUCGUGAAAGUGAUGCAAAAGUUUCCUGUUUUACUUUAGUCUGAAAAAACUGUGCUCUAUGUAAUUCAGAUCUUGAGAAAUUUGAGAUAAACUCGUUUGUAAUACAUUUUAUAAUAGUUAUAAUACAAACAUGUUUGUUUAUCAUCUAUAAA